GGCCGCCGCUGCGCUCCGCCCCGCGCCGCGCCACCGACCCAAACAGCCGCGGCGGCUGCGGACGCGCGUGAUCGCCGAACCCGCCCGCCCGUCCGCCCCGCUCCUGCGCCCUGCUCCCUGCUCCGGCCCCGCGAUGCUGCUGCUGGCCGCCGCCGGCCUCGUGGCGUUCGUGCUGCUGCUCUACAUGGUGUCCCCGCUCAUCAGCCCCAAACCCCUGGCGCUGCCCGGGGCGCAUGUGGUGGUGACAGGCGGCUCCAGUGGGAUCGGCAAGUGCAUCGCCAUUGAGUGUUACAAGCAAGGAGCCUUCAUCACGCUCGUGGCUCGGAAUGAGGACAAGCUGCUGCAAGCAAAGAAAGAGAUUGAAAAGCACUCGAUUAAUAAUAAACAGGUGGUGCUUUGUAUUUCAGUCGAUGUAUCACAAGAUUAUAACCAAGUGGAGAAUGUCAUAAAGCAAGCACAGGAGAAACUGGGCCCAGUGGACAUGCUCGUAAACUGUGCUGGAACGUCCAUUUCAGGAAAGUUUGAAGAUAUUGAAGUUGGUACUUUUGAAAGACUGAUCAGCAUCAACUAUCUGGGCAGCGUGUACCCGAGCCGUGCCGUGAUCACCACCAUGAAGGAGCGCCGGGUGGGCAGGAUCGUGUUUGUGUCCUCGCAGGCGGGCCAGUUGGGGAUUUUCGGCUACACGGCCUACUCGGCCUCCAAGUUUGCUCUCCGGGGAUUGGCAGAGGCGCUGCAGAUGGAGGUCAAGCCCUACAAUGUCUACGUCACGGUGGCCUACCCGCCUGACACGGACACGCCCGGGUACAUCGAGGAGAACAAGACUAAGCCCCUGGAAACUCAUCUCAUAUCCGAGACCACGUCCAUCUGCAAACCAGAGCAGGUGGCCAAGCAGAUCGUGAAAGAUGCCAUUCAAGGAAAUUUCUCUAGCUCCCUGGGCUCUGAUGGGUACAUGCUGUCAGCCUUGACCUGUGGCAUGGCCCCCGUCACCUCCAUCACCGAAGGGCUCCAGCAGAUAGUCACCAUGGGGCUGUUCCGGACCAUUGCGCUGUUUUACCUGGGCAGCUUCGACAGCAUAGUGCGGCGCUGCAUGGUGCAGAAAGUGAAAUCGGAACCUACGGACAAAAUGGCCUAACCUCAGCCCUCACCCAGCAGAGACUGUGUACCGGCACCUGGACAGCCCCAUUGCUCCGGGAUGUGCUGUGUUAUUUGGACCGUGUGAGCGCGGAGCUGGGCUCCGCUAGGGCCUGGCUGCCAGGAUGGGCCCGAAGUGCUGCUUGGGGCUGCACUCUUAACACUAUGCAAACCUGCGUGGAGAACCUUCCAUGGCCCUGCAUGGAGGCUAGGGGGUGUGGACGGGAUGAGAAUGGGGCUUGGCUCCUGCGUGGCCGUGCUGCUGGGCAGACGGCUACCCUCAGAGGGGAUCCUUUAAUUCUGUUCUCCGUCCUCUUGUUUUUUUUGGGGGGGGAGGGGGUUGGUUUUGGGCCACACUGGUGAUGCUCAGAGGUUAUUCCUGGUUAUGCACUUAGAAAUUGUUCCUGGCUUGGGGGACCAUAUGGGACGCCAGGGAUCAAACCGAGGUCUGUCCUGAAUCAGCCGCGUGAAAGGCAAAUGCCCUAACGCUGAGCCAUCACUUCGUUUCCCCCCCCCCUUUUUUUUUUAAAUUUUAUUCUCCCCUUCAAGAUUAAGGCCACAAAUGUACUUUAUGACUCAGCGAGAUUUUUGAGGCUUUGUUUUGCUUUGUUUUGUUUUUUUCCUUUUCCACAACCA